AUGUCUUCUUCUUUUAAUCAGUGGUCCGGUAUUGAAGAAGGGUUUAUGGCAUGUCGAACAUUCGUGGUUGAACCCCGGAUCACCAAAAACCGGCGGGUAAAUUUCUUAGAUUUUCUUCUCCUCCAUCGAUUUGUUAUUCCGAAUCAAGUUCUGAACGCCAUAAAAAGAAUUAUAAUUGAACGUAAAAUUAGGAAAAUGGAUGGAGAAGGAUGGUACACGAGUAGAAGACAUAUAGAAAGCAAAGGAAAAAAACGUCGAUGUGUUUGGAAUAAAUUUUUGGCUAUUUGGAAGAUUUUUCAGGAAGCAAAUAUUCAAAAUUUGAAAUUUGAAUAUGCGUUUUUUCAGGUUUGGGCAAUUUUUAUCAGUUGGAUCUUAUUCAUACAAUUCAACAUACACAAAGAUUUAGUAUGUUGUCUCAGUUAA